AUGGUCAGAAUUUCGGUUUUGAAUGAUGCGCUUACUAACAUUGUCAAUGCUGAGAAACGUGGCAAACGACAAGUGCUAAUAAGACCUUCAUCAAAGGUCGUCGUGAAGUUUUUAUUAGUCAUGCAAAAACAUGGUUACAUUGGUGAAUUCGAAGAGAUUGACGAUCAUCGUUCAGGAAAAAUUGUCAUUCAAUUGAAUGGUCGUCUAAAUAAAUGUGGUGUGAUCUCACCGCGUUUCAAUAUCAAACUAGAAGAUGUCGAAAAAUGGGUUAACAACUUACUUCCUUCACGUCAAUUCGGAUUCUUAGUUUUGACCACUAGUUCCGGUAUCAUUGAUCAUCAUGAAGCUAGAAGAAAACAUACGGGUGGUAAAAUUCUAGCAACUGUGAUAGCUUCAUUAGCUUCGCCAAAGUCAUCGAUGCUGCUAAGAAGAAAUCUAAGUACUGUUUGUACAAAAAUUCCACGUCAGACCCAAAGAUAUGUAUCACGUUCUACAAAUGUGCAUUCAAUACCAACUUUAUUCGUUUUUCGUCAUAUUAGACCUCGCCUCAAUUCUUCGCAUGCAAAACAUGGCGGAAGCGAUUCGAACACCGAUAACGUAAAACGAAAUAGCGGGAUAAUUAAAUUAUUUGGAACUCUUGCGCUUGGUGGUGUUGGGGCAUCAAUUUACUUUUACUUGCGUGCAAAAGAAUAUUACGAGAGUACUAAGUCAAAAGAGAGAAAACAAAAGAUUUUAUCACUCGAAGAAGCGACUGCAAAAUUAAGAGAGAACCAAUUUACCAGAACCCUACCUAAUAAAUCUACUAAUGGACUUGUAUGGCGAUAUGACACUAACCAAGUUGCUUCAAAUAGUCCAAUAGAAGACACAAAAAUCGAGAUGAUAUAUAACACGAAUGAGGGAGAUAAAUUGUUUUUUGGAGUUUUUGAUGGACAUAGUGGAUGGAAUUGUUCUCAAUAUCUAAGCAAAAACUUGAUACCUCUUAUUAAGCAGCAAUUGGAUAAGGCGUAUGUGACGUUGGGGAAUAGUGAUGAGAUACAACUUGUAAAAAACACAAUUCAGAAUGCAUUUUUAAGUUUAGAUUAUGAAAUAGUUUUUCGUUCAAUUGAAAAACUUGUAAAUUCAUUAAAAGACGUCAAAGACCAAGCCUCUGGAAUUAUGAUUGAAGAAGGAAUAAUUACCGCAUUAGCUGGAUCGUGUGCAUUAAUGGCAUAUAUUGAUUCUAGUAAAAAAAAUUUAUAUGUGGCAUCUACUGGUGAUUCGAGGGCAAUUAUUGGUAUUAAGGAUUCAGAGACUGGGGAUUGGAAGGCAAUACCGUUAACUGAAGAUAUGACUGGCCGGAAUGAAAAUGAAGUGAAAAGGUUACAAGCCGAACAUCCUGACGAAGGAAAUAUCAUUUCACAUGGAAGAGUAUUCGGAGGAUUAGAACCAACACGUGCUUUUGGUGAUGCAAGAUAUAAAUGGGAUAAAGUGACACAUGAUUUAAUCUUUGAAAACCUAUUCCUGGAAAAGCGUCAGAUACCAGGCGGUGAACGUAACAAGACACCACCUUAUGUGACAGCCCGACCCGAAGUUACACAUCAUAAAAUUAGUAAAGACGACAAAUUCUUGGUGUUGGCCACCGAUGGUCUAUGGGAAAGAUUAAGUAACGAUGAAGUUGCAAAGCUUGUUGGUGGAUUUCUCGAUGGAAAAUCAAUACAACCUAUACAAUCUAAUGGUAAUGGCAAUGGUGAUAGCAAUGAUCAUGUCGAAGAGAAUGGCGAAAUAAAGAAACCAAAACAUUUCGCAUAUGUGGAUGAAAAUGCAUCUACGCAUUUAAUAAGAAAUGCUUUAGGCGGCGCAGUUCAAGAAAUCCUGUGUUCUUUAUUGUCUCUACCUUACCCAAUAUCCAGAAGGUAUCGGGAUGAUAUUACGGUGACCGUGGUAUUUUUUGGUGAAGGAAAUUGA